AGACAGACUGCUGGGUGGCAGGGACAGGGCGGAGAGGGGCUUUUCUCCGUGGCCACCUGAAAAGCCAUGUAAGAAAUUCCCAACCACUCAAGUAUAAUUUUAUUUAUUUGUCCAUUCAUUUAUUUGCGACUGUGAAACUUAAAGUGGAGAGGAGCCAUCUUAAAUUCUUAAAACUGGCACCGGAUUUUCAUGGACACGCUGAGAAAUCUACAAAUCAGAAGAGAUCCACUCAAGUUGAGCACUCAGGAUAUCGCCAAGCAUGUUUUGAUGUCAUCUGAAGGUGAAGUGGGUGUGACGCGGGUUUUGAUCUUUAGCCGGGCUACAGACUCCAAAGCUUUGGGUGUGUGUCUGAGCCGAGAUGAGCGGGGGUCGCUUUGAAUUUGAUGACGGUGGCGCCUACUGUGGAGGAUGGGAGGGCGGCAAAGCGCACGGCCACGGCAUCUGCACCGGGCCCAAGGGUCAGGGUGAGUUCUCCGGAUCCUGGAACUACGGCUUUGAGGUGGUGGGCGUCUACACCUGGCCUAGCGGGAACACCUACGAGGGUUACUGGUCUCAGGGUAAGCGUCACGGCCUUGGGGUGGAAACCAAAGGGCAUUGGAUUUACAGAGGGGAAUGGACACACGGCUUUAAGGGCAGAUAUGGCAUCCGGAUCAGUGUCGGCAGCGGGGCGAAAUAUGAGGGGACGUGGAACAACGGCCUCCAGGACGGCUAUGGAACGGAAACCUAUGCAGAUGGAGGUACUUUCCAGGGUCAGUUCACCGGCGGGAUGCGUCAUGGUUAUGGUGUCCGACAGAGCGUCCCCUACGGCAUGGCAGCAGUGGUCCGCUCCCCUCUCCGUACUUCCUUAACCUCUCUACGCAGCGAGCACAGCAACGGCACGGUCCUACAGCAAGACAUCCCCAUAAUCACCACCACCAGUGCUUCAGGUGAGGAGACACCCGUCUCCAACCCUUCCCACCUGGGACCGUCCCGAGGAGGCUUUGCCCUGACUCUCCAAGUGGACCCCGAUGCAGUGAAACCCAAAAAGAAAGGUCUCUUUCGCAGGAGUUCUCUGUUGGGAAAGCUGAAGAAAUCCGACUCGAGUACUUCGCUAUCCAGUCAGAAAAGCAAGAUCAGCUUCCUGAGGACGGAAUCGGCUAUGAGCUCCAACGCCAGCGACACCAACUCGACCAUCAGCAUGGGGGAUGAGAGUCUGGCCGGAGCAGAAGACUUCCCUCCGGUGGAGGCAGACAUCGAUGCCACAACUACAGAAGUCUACAUGGGCGAAUGGAAGAACGACAAACGUUCGGGAUAUGGAAUAAGCGAAAGAUCUAGCGGCCUGAAGUAUGAAGGCGAGUGGUUGAACAACCAGAGACACGGCUACGGCUGCACCACCUUUGCUGAGGGAGGCAAAGAAGAGGGCAAGUACAUGAACAACAUGCUGGUGAAGGCGGUGAAGAAGAGGGUCAUCCAGCUGAAGGGAACUAAGAUCAAGCAGAAGGUGGAGCGGGCUGUGGAGGGGGCUCAGCGGGCCGCCGCCAUCGGCAAGCAGAAAGCAGAGAUUGCUGGUUCCAGGUCCACCCAUGCCAAGGCCAAGUCAGAUGGAGCCGACCAAGCCGCUCAGGCCUCCAACAGUGAAUCCAGCAUCGCCAGACUGGUGGCCAAAGAGCUCUCACCUUCCUUCUAUCAGCCAGGUCCAGAGUACCUGAAGAAGAGAGUGAUGCAGGAGGUCGCAGAGGGAAGCGAGAACACAGACACCAUCAUGCAUGAGCCAUUGCUGGCUGAAGAAGAGCCUGUGCCCACCCCACCUGAAAGCCCUUUUACAAAUGAACUAGACCGCCUAAUGCCUGGGUCUUCACCAGGACGCACACCCUCCCCCAGUCCGGGCAUUGUCAUCAAGGACGAUUCCAACCUUCUAAGUCCUGGCAGCUGGAAUGACGACAAAGCCAGUAAAGGUAGCAGUAAACCCAACAGCAGACCCAGUAGUCGCCCCACUACACCUUCAGGCUCUGUUCCUGCGUCCACCGCACCAGAGGGCUUUAGUCAACGUAGUCUCUCCCGGACCCCAAGUCACCACAGCAGCAAAAACGAGCAGGGCUCUGAUCUGGAGAUCAAACCCCUGCAGAAGUUUGAUGCAGAUGUAAAAACUCCAGAGGUUGCGUCGCAAUCCGCGAGGAACAGCUUUAUCUCCUCGGAUGAAGAGGAAAUGCCACGACCCAGCCCUAAAGUACCCCCCAGCAUUGCCUCCCCCGACUCCAAAGCCAAUGAUCUUAAACCUGAAAGAGCUCCAUUAAUCAAUGAUCAAGAGCAGUUCUUGGAAAGGAGUAGACCUUCCAGCAAAGCAGAUCCAAAGCUGUCACCGAGACGACAACCCAGCCCAGCUCCGUCCCCAAUACCUGCACCCAAACCUGAACUUAAGACAGUACUCAAGCCCGUGGAAGCCAAAAGCAACAGUGUUAAACCUGCAAUGAAAGCGGAUCCCAAAGUCGAUGCCCGACUGAAGGCAUCAGUGUUGAGUUCAAAUCACGAAGCAGAAUCUUUGGAGCAGGAGAGCCCCAACACCAUCAUGAUCUGCAUGGUCAUCCUGCUCAACAUCGGCUUGGCCAUUCUCUUUGUGCACAUUUUGUCAUGAGAUGCGUGUCACCACCUCAGUUUUCUAGCUGCAGGUCACCAUCAGAGCUGGACAGAGACGGCCUGCCUCCGCCGCCAUUUUGGAAGACCGAGGGAGAUCAGAAGUCUUGUGCAGGACAGCAGCAGCAGCAGCUCUUCUCGAUGUCUCUGCUGGUGUGACAGUUUGAGGCUCUGCAGGCUGCAGACGAGCGAGAAGCUGAAGGAAACGGAAUAACUGAAACGACUCAGUAUGAAGUUGCUGGGGGGACAGGACGGAUGAGUGUCUUGGUGCUUCAAGUGUAAGAAGCACUAAACGCACAAAGUCCAUGUUCAAAGUGGAACGUCACAGUUUGUCAACAUUUUGAAAAAAAAAAUCUUAAUAAUCACCCAAGCUUGCUGUCACUCAAUCUGCUGUAGCAUACUAGUAUAUUGGUUUAAAUGAUUUACUAUACUAUAUUUUCCUGUCACUGUGCCUAGCCACCAACAUUUUCUCAUUCCCAAAUUUUCCAAUACAACAGCUCAACCUGCUUCCCGAUAUAGAAAUUGAGAUGUCGACUAUGACACCAGUUUCGCUUCAUGGAAAUCGCCAACACACACGCACAAAAAAGUCUUAACAUUCAAAAAGAUACUUUUUAAAAAAAAUUGCAUCAAUAGUUGGAUGAGUGGUUAGCACGCAGGCCACACAGCUAGGAAACCCAAGUUCGUUUCCACCCUCGGCUAUCUCUGUGCGGAGUUUGCAUGUUCUCCCCGUGCGUGCGUGGGUUUUCUCCGGGUACUCCGGUUUCCUCCCACAUUCCAAAAACAUGCUAGGUUAAUUGGCGACUCCAAAUUGUCCAUAGGUAUGAAUGUGAGUGUGAAUGGUUGUUUGACUAUAUGUGACCUGUGAUUGGCUGGCCACCAGUCCAGGGUGUCCAAAGACAGCUGGGAUAGGCUUCAGCACCCCCGCGACCCUUGUGAGGAUAAGCGGUAGAAAAUGAAUGAAUGAAUGAAUCUGUACCAUUUUUAGUUUGGAUCUGGGUUCUCCCUGAAUCAAUAGCCACGUUUAAAUGAGGAGUUUUUCCUCUUUCCGAAUGACUUUUCCGAAAACAAUGGUAUCCAUGGAAAGGAAUAUUCCAAUCUGUUGUCUACAUGCGCCGCUAUAAUCAAACAGAAUAGUCAAUGGGGCAUACGCAGUAAAGCGUAAACAUCAACAUCAUGUGAUACCGACUUCCCAGAGUUUUUGUUGGAACGUGUUGGAAUAACUCCGUACUUUUCCGUUCGUCCAGUCUUGAAAUUUAUUAUUUGGAUCAAAAACAAACUUUCCGCAGCAGUCCAGUUUCGCCUCCAUUUUAGGGUUUAGAUUCUGUUCCACAGAUGUGCCCUGUGAUUGGCUGGCGAUCAGUCCGGGGUGUACCUCAAAGACAGCUGUGAUAGGCUCCAGCAUACCGCGAACAUACACGGCAUUAAUCCCUAAGAGUCUCGAUUUAAUACUCAUUAACAAAAGGAUGAAUGGAAGAAUUGGCCCAAUCAUGGGAGAGUUUAAUAAUAAUAAUAAUAAUAAUAAUAAUAAUACAUUUGUAUUUGUAUAGCGCUUUUCAAAAUACUCAAACACACUUUACAUAAGAAUGGAGUUGAAUAAAAGCAAGUAAACAGAGUAAAAGAUUAAAAUACAACAUUCAUUCGUUAAUACACAGUUAAAAAUUAGUAAAAGUAUGGCGGGUUGUUUAGCAGGUUGUUCUGCUGUAUUUCAUAUUUGGGAAUAAGUUUGUGCUUAAUGUGAUGCAAUAUUUAAUUUCAAGUUAAAUUGCAGCUUGAGCAUCGUGGAAAACCUGCACAAUAAACGUUGUCAUUCUGCCGCAUCAAAGUUGAUAAACUGAUCAGGGAAGGCCAAUAGGAAGCUUAUCAGUGUUUGUACUGAUUAUGUUCUGUAUGUGCCUGUGGUGUCAUGUUUUAGGAGGUUUGAAUUAAGUUGUGUGUGUUUAGUGGGAGACCAGAAAAUGGCAGAAAAUGGAUACGUGUUUGCCUGUAAGCGUUUCGUAUUCACCGAUGGACUAAAUCCAGCGCCUGAUGUGUAUUGAAGCCAAAUGAGUUCAUUUUUUUUUGUAAGCAUGAGGAUACCGUAUUCAUGUACCAGAUUUAAACAAACACCGACCGCAUCAGCAUUUGGAAUAGAUUUGCACAUAAGACUACAUUUAUUUAUUUCCCAAAGAACUCAGAUUACCUCAUUUUCGUGGGUUGGAGAAUAGUUUUCUCAACUCCAUGUCUUACAUUAAGAGCACUGGCCAGCUAUGUAAUGAAUCAUUUAGAAUUAUUUUUUGGACUGUACAUUUCAUUGCAAGUCAGUCUAUCAGGUUCAAACAAAACUGUCCCUUCAUCUUUCAGUUGAAUUUUAUUUUGUAGCCUACCAAGCUAUAUUUAGCAUAGACUGUAUAGCAGUGAUUCUUAACCAUAGGGCCCAAACUUGGGCCUCAAGCGCCACCUAUAGGGCCGCAAAAAACGUUGAGUUUUGCAUCAGUGGGCCACGAGCGCCAUGGGACUACGCACAGUAAACCUCGGAUAUAUCGGACUCGGAUAUAUCGGAAAUUCGCUCACAACGGACAGAUAAAAAAGAACCGAUUUUUCUGUAAUGCAUUUCCAAUAAAAAUUCAUUGCAUAUAUCGGAUUUUUUAUAACGGAUUUCGCCUAUUUCGGACAAAAUCUCCAGUCCCGUUGCAAUGCAUUUCCAUUAAAUUUCCCUCGCAUAUAUCGGAUGGCCGCAUCGUGGCGCUCCGAUUCGCCGAAUCGUGACAGGCCGCUAUACGACGUCAUUUGCAGCGUUUGCAGCGUUGCCUGCGCGUCCAGGUACAUUGGAAACAUAGUCAAGGAAGUGCCUUUUUAUAACGGAUAAAAUCCGAUUUACGCAUAUACCGGAUAUAAAUCCGAUAUAUGCGUAAAACGGACAUUUUCCGGUAUACGCAUAUAACGGAUUUCGCUUAUAUCGGACAAAACCAGUGGGAACAAUUGAAUCCGAUAUAUCCGAGGUUUACUGUAGUAGGUUAUCAACUGAAGACACGAGAGAUAGGCUAGCCGCUAUGCUACUGUAUGUUAUCCAUGAGAUACUCAGUUACAGUGCAGCUUUCGACCAGAUGGUGGCGGUAAUGUGUCACUCAGUUGUUUAACAGGCUCACCGAACAUCAGAAGAAGACAUCUACAACUACAACUAGCAAUGGAUACCUUUUUAAAACGAAUAAAUGAAGACAAAAAUGGCGCCAGUCCCCCUCAAAAGACUACAUUUUUACCAAAAUUACAAUCCUGACUUUCUGGUUUUAGCUUGUUAAACUGUGAGUGGAUUUGAUUUAUUAUUGAAAACAAGUUAAUGAGAUUAAAUUAAAUCAACACAGUGUAAAUAUUUAAUGGGCCCUGGGCCUCUCUGCACUGAAAAAAAAAGGUUAAGAACCCCUGCUGUAUAGUACAUCAUGGCAGAUGACACCAUUCAUGUAUCCAAUGUAGAAGCCAUGUUGAUUUGUGUAAUCAAAUCUGACAACAAAAAAACUC